AUGGGAUCACCAUCAUCGCCCAGCCCCCCCUCUCUUUCGCCCACUCCCCACCCUAACCACCUCCCCCCACCUGCUCCUCCCCAGAGCAAACGCGAUAAACGUAGACACGCCCUGAGCGAGAAGCUCACUGCUCUCACCACGUCGUUCCAUAAUCCUGCUAACCCCCGUGUGCGGGAUCUACAUUACCGAGCACAACUUGCAUCCAUCCAGGCCGAUAUCCAUCUAGUUGCCAAAUGCAACGCUUCUGGGCGAGAUAUGCGGCUCUUGGAUGAUUCGCCGGAGGGUAUCCAGGCGCAGGUUAACGAGGAGCUUGAACGGAUGGGUUUACCUGACCUAGCUUCUUCGGCCAAUGGGGCGAGGGCUGGGGCCGGUCCUGGGGCUACGGGCAAAGAGGAUGCGAGUGGAGUCGGGGUUACAGGAAUGGCAGGGAGGUGGUACGGACAGUUUAUUGAAACUGUGAAUGAGGGGAUGGAAGAGAGAGAUUCUCAACUUGCUCUACUUCACGUAUUUACCCCCCUCUACCCAAGAACGUUCUAGUCGUCUAACCGACGCAGAACAACUAUAAUCACAAAGUAGCAUCCCUAGAAUUCCAGCACAAACGCUCAGUGGUCCUUGCUAGGAGCGAGCACCAAUCUCUGACAAAUACAAUUCAAACUCGUCUAAUGGCCCGCCUAAAAACACAACUCAAAAAGCUCGCCGCAGAGAAAGAAUCAACAUCUUCAGCAGCCUUAUCCUCACUCUCCUCCCUUUCAACAUCAGCCUACACAGAUCUCACAGAAACCAACGCUCUCCUCCUCCACCCAUCCCAAUUCGGCAUGGUCCCAUGCCUCUCCUCACCCUCCCGCCCAAUAGAAGAAGAUAAAGAAACCCGCCGCAAACCCCGCCGUCGUGCGGGCGAAGUUGAAGAACUCCUCUCCUUCGGUGUAGGCAUAAACUUUGACCCGCCAAGCUCAACCAGCAAGCGUAAGCGUGCCGCCCGCCGUGACAGGGAAGAAAUCGAAGAAACCCACACACCGCCUAUCCAUGAUGCCGCGAGUCCAUCCUCUAGUUCGGCGAUCAUGAACUUCGACCCCUCCUCCCAGCAAAACAUAGACCGUGAAGCCCUCCGCCGCAGGAGAGAAGAACUACUCAAACAGGUCUACGCGCCAGUUUACUCCUUUGACAAACUCUUCACGGAGAAGGAAUUGCAGAUGGCCGGGAAUCAAGCCUCGCUCGCUGCUGUGCGAUUCUUUACAGAGAGGCCGCAGCUGCAUUACGAUGAUGGGGACUCUGAGGAGGAUAAUCUGGACCCUGGCAUCGUCACUCCGCACCCGGAGCUAGAAAUCGACGAGGAGGUUAGCAACGGAAAUUACAAUACCAGAUCAAAUCCGCCCAGGCACACUCGUGAGAUUGAAAGUCUCGUGCUCAAUGGUGUUCCUGGGUUUGGCACUACGUUUGUUAAUAAAGCGGGUGUUGCACCACCGCCGCCCGCACUUCGUAGUGAAGAGGCAGAGGCAGAUCUUGCCGCUAUGAGGGGUGAGGUUAUGAGGAAUGGGGAUGGCGAGAGGGAUGGGAAGAAAGUGAGGCGGAAUUAAUAGAUUCUUUUUUUUUUCUCUUUUUUUGGUCUACCCUUUUUCCUCCUUUUCCUUUAAACUUGUGAAAUCUUGUUACUUUAUUCUUUUUUCGUAUCUUGUAUCUUUCUUUUUCUAGUUGGGAGAUAUGGUAUUCGUAUGGAUGGUAUGACUGGGGUUUUGGUAGGGGGCGAUGGGAACUUGUAUUCCGGAUGGAACCGGUUUAAACUUCUUGUAUCAUAGGAUUUUUUUUUAAUCCUUUUUUCCCUGAA